AAGGGGGGCGCUGAAUCUGAAGCAGUUUCGGUGGCGUAUGCCCUCCAAAAUGCUAAAAUUCACAAAUUUGAAGCGAUAAGAUUGGAAAUUGAAUGUUGAGUAGAUAUCCUUAUGGCUGAGACAAGCAAACGCAAGAGGGAGGAAUGCCCCUCAUCACCAAGUAACGAUGAGACAGAUCAGCCCCACAAACGGCCCAAACAAGAUUCCGACCAGGACUUCUGUGAAGAGGCUACUGCAGAUCCAGAAACUCAGCAGAGCACAUGCCAAGCAUCCUCAUUUGCUAGUGAUGAAAGGACGUCAGACACAAGGCUUGCAAUGAUUGAACAUGUUUUGUGUAAAGAAGACAGUGAUUCCAAAUCCCAGACACAAGCACAGACACAAGAAACACAGAUCCCAGACCUUUCAAGUGUGAGCAAUGUAGGCUCUGUCGAUCAAGAGCCUAAGCCACUCCACCACCAAGGAGAUGACACGUCUAUUCAUGCUGAUUGGAGUGAUAAGAGUAAACAGGAUUUGGUUGGAGUUGUUGGAGAGACACAGCCAGAAGCAUCUUUGGACAGGCCUGAAGCUAAACAAGCUAGCCUUGGCAAUGGACAAGUGGGCUCAUCAUUGGAUUGUGAAGGCGAUAAGAGCUGCAUAAAGAAAGGAGAGUCUGAUAUUGCUAAUUUAAAGGAUACGACGACAAGCCUGCCAACACUUGAUACUGUUGAUAUGGAGGCAGUUCAGGCAUUGACAUUUCUGAAACAGUCUGCAUCUCCGAGUAAAAGUUCAGAGGCGUCUUCUGCUCGUACUCACAAGAAGGAGGAGCCCCAUCAGAUGAACAGAAGUGGUACUUCAGUUUAUACCGGGAGCAUCAGACGAAAAGGGUUUUCCAAGGGCAGCCUUGCCAAGCAUCAUCUUCAGAAGAACAUGAUGAAGAAGUUAACGCCUGCGAGAUCCAGUGCGGACACUGACUCUGACAGCCAACGGGACAGCUCCUUGUCUGUUUCACCACAGAGGAUGGUCAUUGACUUGCAGCCGACGAGAAAGUCGGCACGUCAGGCUGCCAGGGAAGGCAAGGAGAAACCCUGGAGCACGAUGAUGAAACGAGGUAAAAAAGUACGACUGGAGAAGAAGUUUCCGAAGCAGAAGGAUGAAGAGGACGAGGCAUUGGAAGGAGAAGGAGCUAAGAAGAAGGAGAAGAGAGGACGGAAAAAGGGAACAAAGGGCCCAUCCCUGGAUGCAGCCGAGGUCCAGUUAGCAAAGGAAGCCUGUGACUUCUUAGAGAAGAGACUCGAGGAGAAUGCUGCUAAAAACAACCUCUCUGUAGUCAAUGUCAAGAACAUCUUACAUCAUGUGAUUACCAAUGAGCAUGUGCUUGCUAUGGUUCGUAACACUAUGGAGGAUGAAUCCACUGGCGACAAGCUAAGCCCGGCAGGUCCCUCUGAUCAAACACCUGUUGUAUUUGAGCCCAAGAUGACAAGAGCUAAGCUGAAGGAAGUCUCUGAAAAAUCUGGAAAGGUCCCGUUUGUCUGGCCUGUGUCUCCAGUCAAGAAACCCAAGCCUCAGUUUGCUGACCUUAAUUUUCCAGACUCUGAUGAUGAAGAUGAUGCUGAUUACAAACCAAGUCAGGAAGAUCUGCUGAAGGAAGAGAGCGACUAUGAAAGUACUGCCUCCUUUGGUUCCCCCUGCCCAAGCACCCCUCGCUCAAUCCUCAAUACCUCCUUCUUGGAAGACCUCAAGGAGGAAGAAGAGAUGGAAGAAGAAAGUAAACCUCCCCCUAGCAGCCCGCCAGAAACCUCUGCCCUGUCAGUGAGCACAUCAUCACCAGCCAAAGGGAGCCACAUCAGGGCUAUUGCCAUGCCGAUGGGGCCACCUCUACCCCGAUCACGAGGCGAGAGGCUUAAGGAUGAUGAGAAGCUACAGAGGGAGCUGGAGGAGUUGGAUCAGGAGAUUGAAAGAUCGGAGGAUACUAUAGCUCAUCGGACCAGGUCCAAGUUUCCCAUUGACAAGCCCCUUGAGGAGAUUGAGGCCUCGUUUGUGGCUCCUGACAUCACGGAAGACAUGUUUGACACUUGGGAUGAUGUCGGAGAGGAGAAUGAGGAAUGGGUGAAAUGGCUGGCCGGACUGUACUGUGCGCCUAAUGGAAUAUCAGAUUGCACUUUGGUGCUGCCCAAUAACUGUGCUUCACUGUUUCAUUAUGAAAAUGAGGACUGGGCAGCUGACUUUGAUAUGCGGCUCUUUGACCGACCACCACAGCCUACCCUGUCAGAAAUGAUCUCAGCCCAGCGACAGGCAAUCACCCCGAGGCCAGGACAGUGUAAGAGCAGGAAGGCAGAGGACCAGGAGCAACAGCAGCUUCAGAUCCUGGUGUUCACGGAUGGCGAGAGGGUUCAACUACAACAGCAGAUGCAGCAGCAUGUACAGUUACUGGCUCAGAUGUAUGUACUAUGCCAAGGCAAUGAGUCCUUGGAGCCACACAUGAACCAAGCCAAACUCUUCCUGACUGAAUUGGACAUGCUUGCUUCACGCACUGAAGCUACUUACGGGGGACCAUUCACUGGGACUGGUAACCGGCAUGUCAUGGUCCCAACCUCAGCAUUCAGACCAUGCAAUCUAGCUGGUGCCCUGAAUAUCACUACGCAAGAAGUUGCUGUCACAGAAAAAGAGUUCGAAUUGAAGAACCCAAAUGAGGCUCCUUCGGAGGACAACUCCAAGCGGAAAAGCCAGUGUGUCCGAAGUCCACCAACAGAGGGCGCCCAGAGAAUCAUUGCUCAUAGUAAAGUCUUCAUGUACUCUGAGCUGCUUCCUGGUUUGAGUUUGACCAACAAACCGAUGGAGAAGACUUCCUUUGAGAAAUCAGAAGACGUUUUAAUAGUACUCGGCCUGAUGCAGUAUCCACCUGAGAAGGAUAAACAGGUGCUGUACAGAAUGAUUUGUCAAAACAUGCUACCCAUCAAAACAUCUCGUCAGGUCAUGGUCCACGUCAAGAACGCCUGCAGUAAGAACAGUUCUAACGUCAUCAAGAACUGGCGUAAAUGCGGUAUCAAACCGAUACUGACACCACCCUGUGCACCUGUCUUCCCUGGAAGUGAGAAGGCUCCCGUUGAGAAUUUUCAGCUGUAUGACAAAAGACCAGAAUGGUUAAAGAAGUACCAGUCAGCUUUUUAUCCCCAGCAAGUGGGUGCAAGUCCAGCUGGUCCAUCCCAUAAGAUUGCUCCCUCGACACCAACUCCUCAACAAGAAGGCUCUCAAGGCUCUGAUUCCGGCAAGACUACUCCUGUACCAACGUUGCAACCCAAUGAACCCCUUGCCAAAAUGAGGUUGCCCAGGCAACGUGGACCAUCUUUCUCAAAGCUGGAGCCUUCAACCCAAGGUCUUGGUUGUGAAGGACAGUUAAGAAUCCACACCUUAGUUCCCAAAAUCAUUGCUCCAAAUACCUUAAAUGUCAAGACUGUUCCUAUGGAAGCCCCUCCUCAACCAGUCUUAGUGAUAAAUCCUCAACAAGGCAUCAUUAGCACUGUUGGAGGCACAACAGUACAGAUUAUCACUUCCUCAACUGGAGGGUUUGCACAAGUAUUGAACCAUGAUGCAGUGCAUGCUUUGACCAAUCCUGCCUCUGACACCUAUGCUAAUCCCACUUCUGACACCGUUACCAAAUCAUCAGAUUCUCACUCAGUAACACCAGCUUCAACACCUCAUGUUAGCCCCAGGUUAUCCCCAUCUUCAUCCAUCAGUGCAGGUGGUAUUUCAGCCCUACAGAACUUUCAGUUGGUGAAGGCUGGAGGUGUCCCUAAUAUCGGACAAGGAGAAAAACGUACGAGCAGAGACAAAAAAGGCAGAGGAGACAAAAGCAAACAAGUACCUUCCAAGGUACCUGUCACGAAGCCUUCAUCUCAAGCUGUCAGCUCAAGGCAGUCAACUCAGAUGACUCAGACCAUUAGCAUUGAUGAGACAGUCUCUAAAGACAAAAGCUGUGCAAAUUCGGACAGAAACCCUACAGCAGUUGAUAAUCUCCCACCAUCCACAACUCAGUCUUCUUCAACACCUUCAAAUAAAUCCCCAAGAGAUGUUGAUGUAACUGCUACCGGGGAAACUUUGACAGCUCUCAAGGAGAAGGAUCAAAACAUCUCAAAGGAUACAAGCAGCCCUCCACCAAGAAGUAAGAGCAGUACUCCCGACUCCCUGAUAGAUGAAGAAGGAGCAGAGGAAGAUAACCUUGAUGAUGCUGCAGCAUCUCCAGGGGAGAACAUCGUGGAGAAUGUGGAUUCCAACAGCAGAGAGGUCUCCGAUGCUGAGGGCUUGCCUGAUUCUCAACUCAAAGCCGUAGGGGAUGGAAUUGUAGAAGAUGCGAGUGAAGAUGUUGAGAAGGCAUCAACCCUGACCAACAAGAUGGCUGCUAAACGCAUGAAGACAAAGCUAAGGCGAGAUUUGGAAUCCACUGUGGUGCUGUUAGACUCAGAUAUUGUAUCUAAAGACCCAAAGAGAGAGGAAAGAGAGAUGUCUUUCUCACGAGCAUAUCUCAACAAAGUCAAGGAGAGGUUUUCAUCUGAUCCAGACAGAUACGUUGAUUUUCUUGGCAUUUUCAACUCAUUUUCACAGACAGCAGAAAUAGCAGCAGAGGAGCUAUUUCAGAAAAUCUGCCAGGCUUUGGAGGGACAUCCUGAUCUGGUUGAAGAUUUCACUGCCUUCUUGCCAACAGAUGUAGCCCUAGAAUGUGGAGUGUUGAUGGAGAACCUGGAGUUUGCCAAGGCAAGGCUUUUUCUGCGUCAAGUGGAAGUACACUUCCAGAAGAAUCCUGCUCAAUUCCAGAAAGUCCUCAACACAAUCAUGGAAUGGGGUGCCGACGAGGACCACACUAAUAAUGAUCUCAAGGAGAGCAUCCUACCCUUACUGAAGGGUCAACCUCAUCUAGAGCAGGAGUUCUCUCUUCUCUUUGCUGAUGAGCGACCCCCUGAGAACUACAUGAUGGACUUUGAAGAAAUCAUCUGGGAUGAUGACAAGGAAAAGGAGUAUGACAGCUUUGAGGAGAUCGAAAUUCCUGACAGCGAUGAAGAAAUCCCAAUCACAAAGUCAAGAGUUGGUCGACCACCCAACAAGCCUGCCUCUAGUACCCAGACUCCAUCCGGCCCCAAGCCAUCUGUGCUCCACCGGCUCCUGCCUAAGGCUGCCCUACUGAAGGGCAGAUUGCCAUCCAUCUGGAAGUCACCUGCUCGGAAGAAAUCCAGCACUGGAUUGAAGAGCCAGCUACCAGACCCAUGGCAGGAAUUAAACACCCAGCUUCAGUAUGGUACCCAAGGCUGUGCGUGUAAUUGUCAUGAGAAAUCACACGACACUAGAGUCCAACGUAAAGUCCGCCAUUGCGCCUACUGCAGUGCUUUGGGAACAAGAACUGAACUGAUAAGGUCCUUGAGAGGGUUUACCAUGGGAAACAGGCGGAGAGGUCACCUCCUCACCGCUUCACAGCCGCCGGGCACCAGUGAAGAUAAUGCUCAGAGUGUCAACCCAAAGAGAGGGUCCGGCCGGAAUCCAUCGGGGAGGAAAGCACAGAAGGUCCGCUGGGCGUCUGCGGGAGAUAUCGAGCCAGACAUUGAGGAAGAAGACGACGGAGAAGAGGAAGAGAAUCCAUACAGCGACGCCGUGGCUCAUCUCUCGGAGAUUUGCGACAAUCUGGCCGACUACUUGAACGAGAACGCAUCGGAAGAGGAUGAGGAAGAUGUUGAAGAUGAGAAAGAAAUGGAUGUGGAUGAUGACGAUGUCAAUGACGACGAUGAUGCUGAUGACGGACAAGAAGACGAUGAGUUUGAAGAUUUAGAGGAUGAGGAGGAUCAAGACGACAAAGAAGAUGACGAAGAUGACGACGAUGGAGCAGAUGAUGCUGUCAUCACCUCAGAGGAGAGUCGGGGAGUCGAUGGAGCCACACCUGAGAGCACGGUCUCGCCCAUUACCAGCCAGGGUAGUCAUGAUAGCAGUCAGUCAUCAGGGCAUAGUGGGAACAAAGCCAGCCCACAACCUACCCAAGCUGCUCCCAGCUCACAGACCACUCUACUAGGGUCCGGGGUCAUAUUAGAGGGUAACGGAAGCCGUGCCAACUCCCCUGUCACGUACAACGAAGAUGACAGAAGCACAGAAGAUCACAUGAGGCAGCUGAAGGAAUGCCUGGCCCAGGAGAAGACAGGAGGCGGGGAGAGUUCCAAUCCUCCCUCGGUCAAGAAUUUGAUUUGUGACGAGACCUUGCCUGAAUCUCCCAUCAGGCAUUUCAGCCCAGCAGGGAUUCCUACUAAAAUUGACACAUCAGUGAAAGUGGAACAAGAUGUGGCUGGUCAGCAAAUGAGGACUGAGCCUCGUUCACCCACUCAAAUGCAGGAGACAGUUUCCGUGGUUACUUUUGCACAAGACAGCAGUAGUUCAAAGGAUGGAGAGAAAGAUCAGAGGUCAUUACCACGGAGACCAGAACCCACCAAACGGCGAGUACAAACUGUCCGACUGGCUCAGAGUCCCAGUGUGUCAUUUGGACAGUCUGAGCGAGUGCCACUAUUUGAAAGUCUUGCCAAGUUAAGAUCAUCGCCAGUGGAGAUCAGAAGUUCAGAAACAUCUUCAAAACUGACAAAGAAAGACUCUAAAGAAGAGGCAGUUGAUAUGAAAAAAGUGCAAUACAAUGAAAAAAGUGGGAAAUCAGAGCCAGAAUCCCUUGCAACAGCCAAGAGAUCAUCUGAAGAGGAUGAGCCUACAGAUGAUUCUUCAAAGAACCCAGUCAGUGAAGAGAUGAAACCUGACUGUCAGAAAACUGGUGGAACAUUGCUGCUGUCUGCUGCUAAUGUGGACAGGAAAGAUGGAGAAGUGAUCGUAGUCUGGACAAGGGAUGCUGACAGACUUUUACUGCAGCGUUGUCGUGAUCAAGGCGCAACUGAACAGGUAUUUGAAGAAAUAGCAAGAACACUGGGUGACAAGACAUCAAAACAGGUUAGUGAUAGGUUUGCUACAUUGAUGAAGUUAUUCCAAUCCGCCUCACAAGAUGACAACGACGAUGAAGAUGAUAGUGACGAUGGGGAGGAAGUGACAUCAGAUGAAGAUGAGGAUGGUUAGAUAAGAGGUAGAAUGAGAAGCAAUGCAAGAGGAAUUCUCAAGGAUGAUACCUCUCCCCUCUCCCUCUAACCCAACACCCCCCUCCCCAAUUCUACUCUUUUAUUGUCAAAGGAAUUCUACCAUCAAUCAUUAAGAACCUCUUAAAACUUGGAACAACGGUCUUGAGGAGAUAGGACAUUCCUAGUGCACACAUGCAUUGUUCCAAGCUUCUCAUUCUAAGGUGGAAUGAAGUUUUCGUCUCUGGGAAGUUUUAAGCCCUCAAAAUUUGACGUAAAAAUGUGCUGGAUUGGAAAGUGUGAAGUGUAACAUGGACACUUGUGAAAGUUGACCGAGGAGGGGUAUCAAGUGGGGUGGGGAUGAUGGUGAUGUUUAUUCAGGGUCCCAGUGAGAGGCUAAAAUGAUGUUUUGCCCGUUUGACAUCAGUGUAGGUUGGAGCAUUUAUCUACAAACAUUGAUUUCAUUCAGGUUGGAAAUGGCCUUUUAGCCUGUUUACUUUGGUAUGAAAGAACCAGAUUCGAGUAAUUUUUUGCCAGAUGAUUUUGAUAGCUCCAAGAAGAGACACCUGUACAGUUUUAGUUGUAGUGCAGGAUUGGUUGAUUGUAAUUAUUGCAUGUAACAUGCAGCAUUUAUUUAUAUUAAUGAUUGAUAAUUUGUUUAUAAAAUGGAAUGCUUGCCCUUUUUGAAGUAAUAUAUUUGAUAUUGUAUGAACUGAAAGUAUAAAAACUGGACAUGGACAGCAGUUUCAGGCAAAAAAGAUAUGUUUUAUUUAAUUCAGGCGGUAAAAAGGCCAAUGGUCACACCCUUUCAUGGAUUUGCCAUUAAAACAGAAAUCAUCCCGGGAAAU